AUAUAAUUUAUAUUUUUCUACAAAUUUACUCAAACCAAAAUAAGUCAUAAAUAUUGAUUUAGUAAUAUUCAUGAUAAAUAACCAAUGUUGCAAUAUAUACAGUGGUUAUAUACAAUGGUCUUAAUAUGUGUAGAUUUUUUUUUUUUUUAAGUUAGACCAAUGAUGCAGCCGAUACAUUUUAUCAUUUUGUACGCAAUAAUUUUUUUUAGCUUAAGUGAAGGUGCAAAGCUUGUAAAGAUCAUGGUCCCGAAGUGUAAUAUAUUUUUUUAGUGCUAAAUCGAGCUAUUUGUCUUGUGAUAUUGUCAAUGUGAUAAUUAAUACGUGUUGAGUGAUAUAAUAUUUUUAAUGUAAAUGCUACUAGCGAUAAUCGAGUAACGAGCACGUUACUUGGAUUAAGGAUACGUUUGUGCCAUGAAUAGUUAUGAGAGAAGUGUGAAGUCGAAGUAACAUUUAUUAAAAUGAAGAUAAGAAGACAUCACGCAAAAAAGUGAAAGAACUCUCAUAUUCUUUGAUCGCAACAGGAUUAAUAGUUCGCGCUUACAAUUAGUAUAAUGUAUAAAUAAUACAUAGAAAAAUUGUAUCGUUUUGGCGAAUGAUUAUAGAAGUAUUUAAUAGAAUAUUUUAUAUUUUAUAUUUAUAUAAAAUAUAAAAAUUAAUUUUAUCAAAGCAAAUAAAUAUUGUACAGUUUUAUAAGGUACAUACAUUUACCUUGUUGGAUAUACUCAAUUUUUUAAUAAAAUGCGAAAGAAAAAAAUUAUAUUAUCUUUACGCACAAGCUGCAAGGUGUACAAGAAGUUGAUCUAGUAUUAUAAUUUUAUCCGUUAAUCUAUUCAAUAACGAACGACGAUUAACAAUGUAAGUAUUAUCCUAUCUAUUAUAUUUAUCAAUAUCUGGUAAUCUUUGGAACAAGUAAAUAAACCAGAUAUUGUUAGGAUUUAAUUUUCAUCAUUAUUUUCCCUGCACUUCAAUCAUGAUACCACUUUUCCUUCGCUUCGCUGUAAUCGCGCAUUAAUGUUCCUCAUGAGAGAACACACUCUGAUAAUUACAUAAUUACAUCUCCCAUCUCUCCUGUAAUGAAAGACCUUCGUCGAGUAAAAACGAGAUACGACAUUGCAGGUAGGAGUGAUUACUAGAUUAUGUUAUAUUAAUUUUUGCUUUCGUUUAAGAAACCGGUGACGCGAGUACACCGCGACGAAUGUUUCACCACGGAAACAUUAUUUAAGCGUGUAUUGAAUGUAACAUAGAGAAUUACAAUAGAAAAAACGACACUGCCAUUACUGAUGUCUCAUGUGUUCCAUUUUGGCCGGGGGAUUUUUCUAGGUCACAUAAGCGGUAUUACUAUCACAAUACAUCCACUGGGACAUUACAGUGGACUUAUCCUGACACCGGUAUUGCCGGUGGUACCGAGGAGAUGGAAUUGUGCACUACUCCGCCACCAGAGUCAGAAGAGUUAUCAAUCAUAGGAUCACCUGAGACAAAAAAAAUGAAGGUGAAGCAAGCUGAGGAGAUGGAUGAUAAUAAGGCAGAUGACGAAAACGUAGCAAACAGACAUCCUACAACUUUGGAAGCACCACCUCCGCCACAGAUAUCUAAUCCAAGUCCACCACCACCUCCGAGAAUAUUCGCGGAAGAUCUGAAGAAGGAUAAGAAGAAAAGAGAGAAGCCCGAUGAUAAAUUUAUGGAUCCAAAGAGGAAGCGUUUGGGGAAAGGUAAUGAAUUAUUAGUAUUGUAAUAUAGGAUUUUUAAU